UCCAGUUUUCUUCAGAAAAAAUCAAGCCAAGCCAUUACUGUUAUUUCUUAUAUUUUGAGUUUUUUUCACUCUUUUUUGUUUGUUUCUUGGGAAAGCCUGGUGCUGAGUGCUAGCUUUUUGAUGUUGAAGUGGAAAUUUCUGAUUUGAUUUGUUUUCCAUCGGAUUUUUUUAAACAAAAAUACCGGUUUGGGUGUUAAUGGGAAGCUUGAUUCUUGGCUGCUAUCAAUGGGAGAAGAGAAGAUUUGUUUGUUUCAAGUAGAUUGAGAUAUUGCAUUCAAGGAGAGUUUUUUUUUCUUCCUUUAUCGGAAAUGACAAAAAAGAGAAACUACCCAGUUUUUGAAGUUAAUUGUACAAAAAUAGUAUGAUUCUGGCCUUUUUUUAUCCAUGAAAAUUCAGCUCUAGGCCAUGCAGAAAGGCACAGUCUUCCCCAAGCUGAUGACAAGAGCUCAUCAAUCUGUAAUCUUCAAAUUUAGUUGAUUUUGAUCUCUUUCCAUUGAAGUGAAGGUCCAAGAAAAAAAGGGGUCCAUUGGUGAAGAAUUUUGAGGCAAAAAGAAAGAUUCGAGUCUAAAAAUUUCGGAUUCGGGAGCAUAAUCUCAUAUAAGGUCUGCAUUCAUCAUGGGGAAGAGAUCGAAUAGACGCCCUGUUCGAUACGAAAAGGAUCAGUUGGGAUGUAUGUGGGGGUUGAUCACUAUGUUCGAUUUCCGCCAUGGUCGUAGGACUCAGAGACUGCUUUCGGAUCGAAGGCGUGAUGCUGUUGGUAACGGAACUUCAACUGGUCUGGUUGAAGAGAAGGCAAUGGCAAUGGAUACAUGUAAGCCAAGCGUGAAGAAACUCCUUGAAGAAGAAAUGUCGAGGGAGCAAGUUGCUAAUAUAGAGGUAAACAAUGCCGAACACGGAGUGAAAGAGUUCGGUUUGGGGGAAGGAGACAGCGGAAGGAAGAGCCAGAAACGAAGUAACAGAACUCGCAAGAAAAGUUCCGGUAGCAGUCUCGAUGUCGAUGCCGCCAAGAACUUGGUAUUGGAAGCGUCAUGUCAGCAUAAAUCUGAGCAACAAACACCAAGCAGUCUUGAUGUAGAAAAUCUUGUAGAGGAGUUUCGUCAUGAAUUCGAUCGGGAAAGAAUCGAUUGCAGGCAUCAAUAUCGGUCUGCCGGACCGAAGAGUUGCUGUUUUGAAGAAAGAUUGAGUGAGGCUAUCAAGUUCUUAGUGAGUCAGAAGCUUAUUAACAGGAACCAACUUAUGGAAGGUGGGGAACCCCAAGCCUCGAAAGAAGUCAUGGAUGCACUUCAAGUUUUGAGUUUAGACGAGGAAUUGUUUCUGAAACUUCUACGAGAUCCGAACUCGAUGUUGGUGAAAUAUGUUAAAGACUUGCCAGACGAUCAUGACGGAGAGUCGAAGCCUCUUGUUGGAUCCAACAACUCAGAGCAGCUGCCUGCUGGUUUAAGACAAUCGAAUGAACCUGUUAAUAGGAAACAGCGGAACUUCUUUAGAAGAAGGUCCAAGUCUCAGGAUAGAGACUCGUCGGACGGAAAUACGGUUUCCGAAGCUCCCAAUAGAAUCGUUGUUUUGAAGCCUGGACCGGCAUGCUUGCAAUUGCCUGAAACCGGAAGCAGCCGAGGCUCAUCACCGGAGCCUAAGCACAUCAUCAGACAUAGAGAGCCCCACUUUUUCUUACUGAGAUAAAGAAAGUGGAAACAUGCUAUGGGAAGAGAGCAACGUAGAAUUCCCACCAAUGAAUUAUGGAAAAGAGUUUCGGGUGAGCCGAAAAACUCGGGGGACACCGGAGGGUUCAAGGAAUAUAUCACAAUGAAUUCUCCAACCAAAGACCAUUUCUUUAUUGAAAGAGUUGCCAAACUUUCCACUGGUGCCAAAAGAGGAGAAAGGACGAGCAGGUUAAAGGGCUCCGAAACGAGUACUGAUCGUGAGACUAACUUCUCCAGGCAUUCGAACAUCUAUAUCGAGGCGAAGAAACAUCUCUCCGAGAUGCUAACAGAUGGUGAUGACAAUGUGGAUCUUUUGAGCAAACAAGUUCCGAAAACGUUAGGGAGGAUUCUUUCUCUCCCUGAUUAUAACUCUUCCCCUGUUGGCAGCCCUGGGAGGAGACUUGGUGGCUCUGAUGAACUCGACAAUGUCAGCUGUCAAAGUCAAGCAGCGGAGGAACUAGAGACCCAGCUUUGCAUUUCCGAUGACAAAACCGGCGAUGAAAUCCAAGGUGAUAAUGUAGUUUUGGAGAAACUCGAUGCUUUUGUGAAUGAUGACACAGUGGAUCAAGAUGAUUGUUCUAUCAAAGAUGAAACGAGUUCCGGAGGUAUUAUGGUUCAGGAAGAAACUAAGCUCUUGGAUGCUUCUUCUAAGACUUCAAUUAAAACAGAUGAAUCUGAAGUUCAUGAUGAAAAACAAUAUCCACAUUGCUCGAAACAGGAGUUAUCUGAAGAGGACCAACGGUCAUUUUCUCCAUUAGCGUCUCCAUCAAACUCAUCGAUCACUAAAAUGGUUGAAGGUCUAGAGAGUGUUAGUGAUAUACAGGAGAGGCCAAGUCCUGUGUCUGUUCUUGAGCCGAUAUUCGCAGACGAUGUUAUCAGCCCUGCUAGCAUCAGAUCUAUUUCUGGUGAAACAUCCUUACAACCACUGCGAAUUCGAUUCGAAGAACAUGGUUCUUCAGCAAAUCACAGUGGCCGUUUUAAAACUUGUAUUGAUGAUAAGGAAUCAAUACUUGAGCACAUAAAGGCUGUGCUACAAGCCUCGAGUUUCGACUGGGAUGAACUCUACAUCAGGUCACUUUCUUCGGACCAGCUUCUUGACCCUCUGUUGCUUGAUGAGGUAGAAUACUUACCCAACCAACUUUUUCAUGACAAGAAACUGCUCUUCGACUGCAUUAACGAAGUUCUCAUCGAGGUUUGUGCGUACUAUUUUGGUUCCCCCGGCGUGUUGUUCGUUAAAACGAAUAUCCGUCCUCUUCCGAACAUGAAAAGUACCAUCGAAGAGAUUCAGCAAAGAGUUUAUUGGCAUGUGCUCCCAAUGCCGCUGCCUCAUACUUUAGACCAGGUAGUCAGAAAAGACUUGGCCAAAACAGAAACAUGGAUGGAUCUUCGACUCGAUGCAGAUUUUAUCAGUGUCGAGAUCGGUGAAGCCAUUUUCGAAGACUUGGUCGAAGACACUAUAACAAGCUACGUAAAAGUAAGUCCCGAAUGCGAAUAUCGUGGCGAAGGACCAGAAGAGUGACAUCAACUUGUAGAAGGCAACCAAGUCAGUUUUGUUCAUGCUUCAUACCAAUAAUGCAUCUCUCAAUGGGUCAGAGUAGGCGAAAAGCAAGCUAAUCAAGUCGAUGCUGCGACGGCGUUUUCGUAACCGUGUCGACCUGGAGAUCUUACUAGUGACUUCAAAGCUUCAUGUUUCAUGUUCAGAGAUCAAUUGGAAAGCAAACACCUGGUUUCAGAUGCCUUUCUUGGUUUAGUUUAAUCAAUAACUACAUUAAAACUGCUGUUUCUUAGUGGUAGAAUCUAGAGUCUUGUGUGUAUUUGAUUGUGUGAAUGGUGUGUUCUUUGAUAGAUUUCAUUCAUUCCUAGGGUUUGCUUACUGGUUUUCUUCCUUUGUUAUAUACCUUUGGGUAUAUAUAUAUAUACACACACACACA